GAGACAAGUAUUACAAACGAUCUGAUACUGCAACAUUAUGACGACGAGUGGGAAGAAUGGAUAAACUUACCAGACGAUUUUACUGCCUCGACAAAAAUCAAGCUUAAAGUCAUUUCCAAGCCGUCAGUUCCUGUACAAUUAAACUUUAACUAGGAGACAAAGUCACAUUCCAGUAAACAAGCUACUUUAAUUUAAAGGCUAGCUCAGGCAGCGGGAUGUUGGUUGUAGACAAAACGAAUCAAAUUAAAGAAGUUCAGCCAUUUGAAAGUUACCUGAUUCCAAACCCUCACAGUGCACGACUUCAAAACUAUAAUGAUGUUGUAUCUGUUUUAUACACUGAGUGUUUUACAGAUUUUUCUUCAAAGGAACGAUUCCAACAUUACUUAAUUGCUGAAAGAAGGUGGAGAUUUGAAAUAGAAAGUGAUAUAAACUCUUUGGCUUCAAAACUGGAUGAAAUUAAGAGCAAUUCAGCAAACUCAGAUAGUGGUCAUUUGUACAACAUUCAAAGGUUACAGUCUAUUCCACAUGAUACCAAUUCUGAAGAUGUUUUUCGGUGUGAAAGAGCUAUAGGUGCCUUGGAGAAAUGAUGAAUUCCUCUCAAGAUAUUACAAACAGACUGUCGGAGAAAAGGAAAAAUUGUUAUCUUCCCUCCCUUGAUUUAGUUCCAGGGGGAAAGAGCACAGUAAAGUAUGUUGAAGUAAAGCUUCAAGCCUUAGAGGCAAUAAAGGGAACACUUUUUCACAUGCUGGACAAUGUCAAUACCGUACUUCUUGCCUUACGUAGAAGAUAUGACCAAAAUACUUACACAAAGGCUGAAGAAGUGAGAAGGAGGAGAAGAAUGAAAGAACAAAAAAGAAAGAACAAGACCAAGAAGCGGAAAGUAUUGUCAAGGCAGGCUAAAGAGGUGUGUAAACUUUUUACUGGGAAUGAAGAAAUAGAUAUCACUCAAAAAGCCAGUAUUCCUGUGAUUGACAGUAAUAACCUCAACAGAGAAGCACUUCACACUAAACUGAGAAAGAGAUUUCACCUAGAGCCUCUCAAACAGCUUAUAGAGCAAGGAUAUAUCAGUGACUGUGUUAUAAUUGAGAUAAGACAAGCCAUCGAAAGGUGA